AUGGCAACGGGGCAACCUGUUCCAGAGCCGCCCGCCCGCCCGCUCCGCACACGCCGCUGCCACCGCCGGAGCCGGGGCCGGCGCCGCUCCCAUGAUGCACCGCGCCAGCCCAGUCCCCAGUGGGCCGCCAUGUUGUCGGAGUGAAAGGUGUUGGUGGAAUGAGCGUUGCAUGUGUCUUGAAGAGAAAAGCAGUGCUUUGGCAGGACUCUUUCAGCCCCCACCUGAAACAUCACCCUCAAGAACCAGCUAAUCCCAACAUGCCUGUUGUUUUGACAUCUGGAACAGGGUCGCAAACGCAGCCACAGCCAGCUGCAAAUCAGGCUCUUGCAGCUGGGACACACUCCAGCCCUGUCCCAGGAUCCAUAGGAGUUGCAGGCCGUUCCCAGGACGACGCUAUGGUGGACUACUUCUUUCAGAGGCAGCAUGGUGAGCAGCUUGGGGGAGGAGGAAGUGGUGGAGGCGGCUAUAAUACUAGCAAACAUCGAUGGCCUACAGGGGAUAACAUUCAUGCAGAACACCAGGUACGCUCAAUGGAUGAAUUAAAUCAUGAUUUUCAAGCACUUGCUCUGGAGGGAAGAGCUAUGGGCGAGCAGCUCUUGCCAGGUAAAAAGUUUUGGGAAACAGAUGAAUCCAGCAAAGAUGGACCAAAAGGAAUAUUCCUGGGUGAUCAAUGGCGAGACAGUGCCUGGGGAACAUCAGAUCAUUCAGUUUCCCAGCCAAUCAUGGUGCAGAGAAGACCUGGUCAGAGUUUCCAUGUGAACAGUGAGGUCAAUUCUGUACUGUCCCCACGAUCGGAGAGUGGGGGACUAGGCGUUAGCAUGGUGGAGUAUGUGUUGAGCUCAUCCCCGGGCGAUUCCUGUCUAAGAAAAGGAGGAUUUGGCCCAAGAGAUGCAGACAGUGAUGAAAACGACAAAGGUGAAAAGAAGAACAAGGGUACGUUUGAUGGAGAUAAGCUAGGAGAUUUGAAGGAGGAGGGUGAUGUGAUGGACAAGACCAAUGGUUUACCAGUGCAGAAUGGGAUUGAUGCAGACGUCAAAGAUUUUAGCCGUACCCCUGGUAAUUGCCAGAACUCAGCUAAUGAAGUGGAUCUUCUGGGUCCAAACCAGAAUGGUUCUGAGGGCUUAGCCCAGCUGACCAGCACCAAUGGUGCCAAGCCUGUGGAGGAUUUCUCCAACAUGGAGUCCCAGAGUGUCCCCUUGGACCCCAUGGAACAUGUGGGCAUGGAGCCUCUGCAGUUUGAUUAUUCAGGCACGCAGGUACCUGUGGACUCAGCAGCCGCAACUGUGGGACUUUUUGACUACAAUUCUCAACAACAGCUAUUCCAAAGACCCAACGCCCUUGCUGUCCAGCAGUUGACAGCUGCCCAACAGCAGCAGUAUGCGCUUGCAGCAGCCCACCAGCCUCACAUUGCAGGUUUAGCUCCCGCUGCGUUUGUCCCCAACCCAUACAUCAUCAGCGCUGCUCCCCCGGGGACGGACCCCUACACAGCUGGAUUGGCUGCAGCAGCGACACUCGGCCCAGCUGUGGUCCCUCACCAAUAUUAUGGAGUCACUCCAUGGGGCGUCUAUCCUGCCAGUCUUUUCCAGCAGCAAGCUGCUGCAGCUGCAGCAGCAACAAAUUCUGCUACUCAACAGAGCGCUCCACAGGCCCAACAAGGACAGCAACAGGUUCUUCGUGGAGGGGCUAGCCAGCGUCCUUUAACCCCAAAUCAGAACCAGCAGGGACAACAAACAGAUCCCCUUGUAGCAGCUGCAGCAGUGAAUUCUGCUCUUGCCUUUGGACAAGGUCUGGCUGCAGGUAUGCCAGGUUAUCCAGUCUUGGCUCCUGCUGCUUACUAUGACCAAACUGGUGCCCUCGUGGUUAAUGCAGGGGCGAGAAAUGGUCUCGGAGCUCCUGUUAGGCUUGUUGCUCCGGCUCCCGUCAUCAUUAGCUCCUCAGCUGCACAAGCAGCUGUUGCAGCGGCUGCAGCUUCUGCAAAUGGAGCAGCCGGUGGUCUUGCUGGAACCACUAACGGACCAUUUCGACCUUUAGGCACCCAGCAGCCCCAGCCCCAGCCUCAGCAACCUAGCAACAACUUGGCUUCCAGCUCCUUCUAUGGCAACAACUCUAUGAGCAGCAACUCCCAGAGCAGCUCCCUCUUCUCUCAGGGCUCUGCCCAGCCUGCCAACACGUCCUUGGGAUUCGGAAGCAGCAGUUCUCUUGGUGCCACCCUGGGAUCGGCCCUUGGAGGGUUUGGAACAGCAGUUGCAAACUCCAACACUGGCAGUGGCUCCCGCCGUGACUCCCUGACUGGCAGCAGUGACCUUUAUAAGAGGACAUCGAGCAGCUUGACCCCCAUUGGACACAGUUUUUAUAACGGCCUUAGCUUUUCCUCUUCUCCUGGACCCGUGGGCAUGCCUCUCCCUAGUCAGGGACCAGGACAUUCACAGACACCACCUCCUUCCCUCUCUUCACAUGGAUCCUCUUCAAGCUUAAACCUGGGAGGACUCACAAAUGGCAGUGGAAGAUACAUUUCUGCUGCUCCUGGUGCCGAAGCCAAGUACCGCAGUGCAAGCAGUGCCUCCAGCCUCUUCAGCCCUAGCAGCACUCUGUUUUCUUCCUCUCGGCUGAGAUAUGGGAUGUCUGAUGUCAUGCCCUCUGGCAGGAGCAGACUUUUGGAAGAUUUUCGAAAUAAUCGGUACCCUAAUUUACAACUACGGGAGAUUGCUGGCCAUAUAAUGGAAUUUUCCCAAGACCAGCAUGGGUCUAGAUUCAUUCAGCUGAAACUAGAGCGUGCCACAGCAGCUGAGCGCCAGCUUGUCUUCAAUGAAAUCCUCCAGGCUGCGUACCAACUUAUGGUGGAUGUGUUUGGAAAUUACGUCAUUCAGAAGUUCUUUGAAUUUGGCAGUCAUGAACAGAAGCUAGCUUUGGCUGAGCGCAUUCGAGGCCACGUCUUAUCAUUGGCACUGCAGAUGUAUGGCUGCCGAGUUAUCCAGAAAGCUUUGGAGUUUAUUCCCUCAGACCAGCAGGUAAUUAAUGAGAUGGUACGGGAGCUAGAUGGCCAUGUCCUGAAGUGUGUAAAAGACCAGAAUGGCAACCAUGUGGUUCAGAAGUGCAUUGAAUGUGUACAGCCCCAGUCUUUACAGUUUAUCAUUGAUGCAUUCAAAGGCCAGGUAUUUGCUUUGUCUACUCACCCUUAUGGCUGCAGGGUGAUUCAGAGGAUCUUAGAGCACUGUCUCCCUGACCAGACUCUCCCUAUCCUUGAGGAGCUUCACCAGCACACGGAACAGCUUGUGCAGGAUCAGUAUGGAAAUUAUGUAAUCCAACAUGUACUGGAGCAUGGUCGUCCUGAGGAUAAAAGCAAAAUUGUAGCAGAGAUCCGAGGCAAUGUACUUGUAUUGAGUCAGCACAAAUUUGCAAGCAAUGUUGUGGAGAAGUGUGUCACUCAUGCCUCACGUACAGAGCGUGCUGUACUCAUCGAUGAGGUGUGCACCAUGAAUGACGGUCCCCACAGUGCCUUAUACACCAUGAUGAAGGAUCAGUAUGCCAACUAUGUGGUCCAGAAGAUGAUCGAUGUGGCUGAGCCAGGUCAGCGGAAGAUUGUCAUGCACAAGGAAUUCAGGGCAGGAACUGAUACAGAGAGGCAAUGGAGGAACGCUGCUUGCUGGCUUGGCUUGCUCAGCCUGAUUGCUUAUAGCACCCAGGACCACCUACCUGCCCAGGGGUGGUACCAGCCACAGUGGGCUGGGUCCUCCCUCAUCAGUCAUCAAUCAACAAAAUGCAUCACAGUCUUGCUCACAGGCCAAUCAGAUCCGGCCACACAUCGCGACGCUUCGAAAGUACACCUAUGGCAAGCACAUCCUGGCCAAGCUGGAGAAGUACUACAUGAAGAAUGGUGUGGACUUGGGGCCCAUGUGUGGCCCCCCUAAUGGUAUCAUCUGAGCAGUGCACCCAUCCCCGUCCCGCUGACCUCACUGACCCUGGCAGAUCCAACCAGCAACCAGAAAUGCCCAGCGUAGAGUCAGAAGUGGGCAACGGUUGCUCCGGGAUUACUCCCUCCUCCAAAAGGAAUCAGAUCCAUCCGUGGAAAGGCCUUUGUAAAUUUCAUUUUAUUACACAUGUACUAAUUAUUUUUUUUAAUUGACUAAUUGCCCUGCUGUUUACUGGUGUAUAGGAACUUGUACAUAGGUAAUCAGUGUACAUGGGAGGCCACAUGUUUUAUGUUGUAUCUAUAUUCCACAUGUGGACACUUUCAGGGUGGUUGGUUUAACAAAAAAAAAAGUUUAAAAAAAGACAAAAAAAGGUUUUUAACUCAUUUGCCUUGUGGCAAGUUUUGCAAAUAGCUCUUCCCGACCUCCUCAUUUUAUUAAAAAAACAAAAAACAAAAAACAAAACUGAGAAAUUUGAAUUUUAGUUAAAUGACCCCAAAUUGGCAUUUAACACUGUUUAUAAAAUAUAUAUAUAUAUAUACAUAUAUACAUAUGAAAUGGGAACGUUUCAGAGUCGUUAAAGCAUCAGCCUGUGACACAGAGUUCAUGACAUUCUUUUUGGAGAUGACCUCAUGCUGAGGAAGGUGGUGGCCGCAGAUCCAGGUGGAAAAGGAGUCACAGAGGCCCAAGGCCAGUGGUUGGGGCCAUGGGGUUGCUCUCUGUGAACACUGAGAAGCAGAAUCUGACUAUUUAGCAUGAGUGAAAAUCCAGCUCUGCUCCUGGUCUUGCUUCUAUAGAUACAUAGUGUAUACUUGUGUAGACUUUUGCAUAUAUAUGGAUUUGUAGUAUUUCCUGUUUUGAUGUCUAAUCUGUAUCUAUAAUGUACCCUAGUAGUCGGACAUCCUUUUGAUUGUACAAUUGUACAUUUGUAUACCUGUAAUGUAAAUGUGGAGAAGUUUGAAUCAACAUGAACACGUUUUUUUGGUAAGAAAAGAGAAUCAGCGCCCCCCCCCCCCCCAUGCACUCAGUGUAUAUCCACCUUUUAUGGUCGUAGCAGAUAGUGUUGUAUAUUGUAAAUUGUAAUUUCAACCAGAAGUAAAUUUUUUUCUUUUGAAAGAAUAAAUGUUCUUUAUACAGCCUAGUUAAUGUUUAAAAAGAAAAAAUAGCUUGGUUUAUUUGUCAGCUAGUCAAGAUGGUAGCGAGAGCCUUUCUAAAUGUUACUUCAGACGAUUCAGUUCACACUAGUGUUCUUUUUUUUUUUUAAUCCUAAAAAAUGUUUUGCUUAUUUUGUGACAGUCAAGAAAGGACGUGCAGAAGUUUCGCCUGCCCUUCCCCGCUCAGCGCCUCCCUUGUAAAGUGACUCGCCCUCCGUUUUGUACAGAUGAGCUGUAUUUUGCAUUUUGUCUACUUGUAAGUGAAUGUAACAUACUGUCAAUCCUCGUUUGAAUAUAGACUGUAACACUACACGGUGUACAUUUCCAGAGCCUUGUGUAUAUUUCCAAUGAACUUUUUGCAAGCACACUUGUAACCAUAUGUGUAUAAUUAACAAACCUGUGUAUGCUUAUGCCUGGGCAACUAUUUUUUGUAACUCUUGUGUAGAUUGUCUCUAAACAAUGUGUGAUCUUUAUUUUGAAAAAAAUACAGAACUUUGGAAUCUGAA